GACACACAGAAGUUUCUAAAGAAACCUCCGUUUAAAAAUAAAAAAUAAAAAAUACUAUCUUAAUGUCGGCUCUUCUGGAUCCGCGCACACCGAUGAUAUGGUUACCUUUAUUACGGUGUUACAGGUGAACCUUGUGAUGUCCGUGCUCCUGUACCUGAUGUUCCUGGCGUACCUGUUCGGAUUCCAGGCCAUGCCCUCGGACCGCCGGCCGCCCACGCAGGACCCGGUCAACGCGCUCAUCAUCCAGCUCCUGCAGGAGGGCCUGUCCCGCGACCGGCAGCGCGCGGGGGGGGCCGAGCCCCCCGCCCGGGAGGCGGGGCCGCCCGAGGAGCCCCGCCCGCCCGAGUACGAGGCGUGGGACCCGGAGGGGGAGGGCCGCUCCCCGCGGGACGUGGGCCCCGACCUGCUCAAGCAGAGCAAGCGCUUCAGCUCGCCCCGCGUCCUCCUGAGCGACCGCCCGCCCCUGCAGCCGCCCCCGCUCUACCUGAUGGACGAGUACGCGGGCGGCGGGGAGGGGAACCGGACCCGGCGCCGCCGCCACGCCCAGCACCGCAGCUACCGGGGCGAGUACUCCGUGUGCGACCCGCAGAGCCAGUGGGUCACCGACAAGACGGCGGCCACGGACAUCCGCGGCCGCCCGGUCACCGUGCUGGGCUCGGUCAGGGCCAACGGGCUGGAGGUCAAGCAGUACUUCUACGAGACCAACUGCCGCAACGCCCGGCCCACGCGGAGCGGCUGCCGCGGCGUGGACGACAAGCACUGGAACUCGCAGUGCAAGACGGCGCAGACCUACGUGCGCGCGCUCACCGCCGAGCGCAAGUCCGUGGGCUGGCGCUGGAUACGCAUCGACACGUCCUGCGUCUGCGCCCUGUCGCGCAAGAAGCGCCGGACGUGA